UACGUCAUUGUGACGUUUUAUGUAAUGCAAUUCUAUAAUCAGCGGUCUCUCCUUCAAGGUCGCCAUGACAAUCAAAACAGAUUGUCUCCUCGAGCGAAAAUUGAAGAGUGGGACAUUUUGAGCUCGAGUUUUGUUUUCCGUUUAUUUUCUAAAAAAUACACUAUCACAAUGAGCGUAAGAACUUACAACCCUUCGGUUCUCAUCGGUAAUUGGAAUGAAGACGUUUGCUUGGAAGAGGACAAGCUAAAAGAUUUCCUUGAGAAAAAAGAAAGUGGAGAACUACUGAUUCAAAAAGCCAGCAAUCUUCUUCAAAAUAUUCUCAAAAAGGUCACCUUAUCAGUAUCCCAUGAUGGUUAUCUUCAUUUCGGCGACACAGUCUGUAUCUUUAAUCCAUCUACUGAGACAACUGUUUCAGCAAAUAUGGCAGAAAGUAAAAUGCAUGAUGAAAAGAGACUUGUUGGGCCUUGUGAUGUGUCGGCAUCUAAGAUUGUUGAUCCUUGCAUUCGAAAUACUUUCAUGAUUGGGCCAAAACCAAAUGGUGAAGGAGUCUUAAGAUACAAUGAACCUUUUACUUUGAGCACACUACCAGGAGUUGGAGGAGAACUCAAAUUGAUGAGCGAUAGAGUAUCAUUCAAUGAAUGUGCAAAGAAGUCCAGGCAACAGAAAGUGACUCUGAACGAAAAUACAACUUUUAUGUCUCACUGGAGAAUUCUUUGCUUUGAUCCUCAGCAGCGCCUUGAAACGGAAGGAAUGCCAAUCCCGGCAAACACGAAAAUUAUACUAAAUCACGUGAAGACCAAUCAGAAUUUAGCCGCCCUGUCACAGUUUUCAUUCAGAACACCAUUUGGGAGAGAGUUCGAAAUUGCCGCCAAGACUGAAGUGGAUUCUCACAAAGCGGAGACUCCAUGCAAUCACUGGGUGUUUAGAACUCGCGAAGUACAAGACGCAGCGAGAGAACACGAGUUGGAACGAGAACAGGAAUUUAAAGACCUUCUGACAAGACAGCAAGCCGCCGAGGCAGAGGAUGCCGCCCCUAAAGAUGAGAUACCCCUUGCGUCUGAAGAAACUCAGCCCGGGGUUAGCGGCCAGCCUGCUGAAUAAGAUCUCAACCCCACCCUACUAACUUGAGCGUGUCUUAAUAUUAAGUUAUACAUAAAUUCUAAAAGCUGUAGGGAACAUAACUUUUUCGAUAUAUUGACGUUAACUUUUGCCUGAAUCCUGAUACAUAUCACAAACUUAGCACUUAAAUAUCGGUAAAUUUGAUUUAUACUCCAGUAACAAAAAUUAACCACGUCAAAUAAUUUCAUACUUUAACUUUUUUUCCACUUUAAGCUUAAUGUUUGAGCUAAUUGUUUCCUAAUUACGGCGCAGUUUCUGAUUAGUUUUACCUGUUUGGGAAAAUCAAACAUUUGCAUUCCUUGUACACACCUAUACAUAUUUUAAUAUCUGUUUUGAGAUAUUACUGGGUUAUUAUGACCUGUAAAUGAUUUUAUUUACUCUUGUUUCUCGUCUCAGUGAAUCUCUAUUGUCAGUUAAAAAUUCAAAGUACAAUGCAAAGCCUUAGAUAUUAAAUUUACGAUAUGUGGUUUAUUUGUAAUCGAUUGGUAACAUGUUUUGUAAGUAGUAAUCGUUACCUGAUGUCAUGAAUAAAUAUAGUUUUCCUUGAAAAUUGCAAUAACUAUGGAAUUUCGUAGCUAAUUUUUAAGAAUAAAAGAAUAAAAAACA